AUGAAUUCGCUAAAGAAAUUUGAUAUUUUCCCAAAGUAUACAGAUCCAGAUGUCAAAGUUAAGACAAAUGGCGGUGCUAUUCUCUCUUUAAUCGCCAUGACACUUAUGUCAAUUCUUUUCCUUCACGAAUUAUAUAGAUUUAUUUUCCCACGUAUUUACGAGGAUAUUGCAGUUGACUCUUCAAGAGUUAGCCUUGCAAGAACAAUGAACAUCAAUUUUAACAUUUCAAUUCAAGUUCCUUGCGGAAAAUUAUUUAUUUCUGCUUAUGAUGCCGAAGGUAAUGCACAAUCUACAGACGUCAAUGAUAUCAAGCAACAAAGAAUUGAUGAGAAUGGCUUUGCAAUCGACAGCGUAAAUUGGAUACGUCUAAAACGCGCUGCAAAGAGCAAAAAGCAAAAGAAAGAGCAACCACAACAAUACUGCGGCAAAUGCUAUGGCGCUCUCCCACAAGGAAAAUGCUGCAAUUCAUGCGAAGAUGUAAUCAACGCUUUUAAGGCCAAAGGCUGGGGCAUUGAUGGCAUUGAUCGCUGGCAACAGUGCAUAGAUGAAGGAUACGCAGAUCUUGGCAAGGAAAGCUGCAACGUUUAUGGAGAUAUCAACGUUGCUCACAUUUCUGGCUUCCUUUACUUUGCUCUUGAAGAUUACAAGGUCGGUGAUAAACAUCCAAAGGAUAUCUCUCGUCUUUCUCACAAAUACAACCUCACACACACGAUUAAUUACUUAGAAUUCGGACCAAGAGUUUCCCAUGAGCCAGGACCACUCGAUGGACUUACAGUUCUUCAAGAAGAACCAGGUUUGAUGCAAUAUAACUACGAUCUUGAAGUUGUUCCUACAAAAUGGUUCUCAAGUCGUGGUUUCCCAGUAUCAACAUACAAAUUCCACCCAAUGAUUACACAAAAGAACUUCACAGAGAAAGUAAAUCGCGGAGUUCCCGGAAUUUUCUUGAAUUAUAAUCUCGCCCCAAUUUCCCUUGUCCAAUACGAAGUUAUCUCUUCUCCAUGGAAGUUAAUAACCUCAGUUUGCGCUAUUGUUGGUGGCUGCUUCACUUGUGUCUCGCUUGCAGACCAAAUUUUCUUUAGAACACUUUCUUCGAUUGAAGGAAAGAGACAAAUCGGAAAAGCUGAAUAA